AUGGCCAACCCAGGAAACGUUGCACGCGGCCUCAAGGGCGCCAUCUCCAAUCCGAACACUUCCGACGACACCCGCGAGCGCGUCCAGAACCGCCUCAACGAGAUGUACGAGCGCGGCGAGCUCGACAGCCCGGAGGCGCACGCCGCCCAGGUCGAGCGGGGCCACAAGGCGGCGAUCUCUAACACGCACAACAGCGAAGAGAGCAAGCAGCGCUCUCAGAAGGCGCUCGACGGAUGA